UGGCACACAAUACGUGAAUCCUGGUCCCCUUUGUGGCCUCUCUAGCGCGUGGAACGAAACUCAUCCUUAUAUUACAUGUAAAACGCACACUAGCCCUUACCAAUUUUCCUCCUCCACAAUCAGAAUCUCUCUCGAUCUCCCUCGCCCUGUUCAUAAAAAUAGAAAGAAGGAAGACAUGGCAGGAGAGUCAUACGAGGAUGCCAUUGCAGCGCUGUCGAAGCUUCUCAGCGAGAAAGCGAGCCUCGGGGAUGUCGCCGCCGCAAAGAUCAAGCAGUUAACGGCGGAGCUGGAUGCCGCCGGGUCGAAGCCCUUUAACCCGGAUGAGAGGAUCCGAACCGGGUUCGCCCACUUCAAGAAUGAGAAAUUCCAGAAGAAUCCGGAAUUGUAUGACGAACUUGCCAAAGGCCAGAGCCCAAAGUUUAUGGUGUUUGCUUGCUCGGACUCAAGAGUUUGCCCAUCUCAUGUUCUGAAUUUCCAACCUGGUGAAGCCUUUGUGGUCCGAAACAUAGCCAGCAUGGUUCCACCAUAUGACAAGACGAAGUAUGCAGGAGCAGGGGCGGCCAUUGAAUAUGCAGUCUUACAUCUAAAGGUGGAGAAUAUUGUGGUCAUUGGACACAGCUGCUGUGGAGGAAUAAAGGGCCUCAUGUCUAUCCCAGAUGAUGGGACCACUGCAAGUGACUUCAUAGAGCAAUGGGUCCAAAUUUGUACUCCAGCAAAGUCCAAGGUUAAAGCAGAAGCAAACAAUUUAGGUUUCUCGGAGCAGUGUACCAACUGUGAGAAGGAAGCUGUGAAUGUAUCGCUUGGGAACCUAUUGACUUAUCCAUUUGUGAGAGAUGCGGUUGUGAAGAAAACGCUUGCUUUGAAAGGUGCACAUUAUGAUUUUGUUAAGGGCACCUUUGAGCUGUGGGAUCUGGACUUCAAAAUCUCACCCUCUGUAUCCGUUUAAGAUCACUAAAGCACCAAACAGAAGUGUUCUUAGCUCUGUUGUGCACGAUGUACAUGACUCCUUUUGCAAGUGUUUUCCAAUUGUACAAGCCCCUGUUCCCCCUCUUUCUUUUCCCUCAGUCCCCAAAAAUAAUGGUCUUUUGACCUACUCAUUUUGUUUUGCACCGUUUUCUAUUUUAUGCUGUGGUUUUCUUCUAGCAAACUUGUAGACUGAUCUAUCCAUUAAAUUUUAGCAAUGUUUUUGGUAGGAAACAUUUUAAAGAACGGAUUUAAUUCAUCUAAGACCCUCUUGAGGCAUUUGGCUGAG